AUGACUGGCUGCUACGAUUACACCUAUAGAUCAUUUGAAGGCUAUCAAGUUGCUAAAAUUCCAUAUGAUAUAGGAAAAAAAGACGAUAAAAAAGAGUUCUCUAUGUUUAUCUUCCUUCCAAAUGAAAAAGAUGGACUGCCAAGCUUAUUUAAAAAAGUGAAUUCUGAUCCGAAAUUCUUCACCCAAAAUUUCAGGCUUCGGCGUGAGCCACUUGAUGCAUUCUACACCCCCAAGUUCAAAUUCUCAUACACUGCUAUGAAACAAGUUAUAAAAACAAUGAGGGAAAUGGGAUUGACUCUUCGUUUUGACAAAAAAUGUGAAGAAAUAACAAAGAUCAUGGAACCUCAUGGGCCAUUCUUUAUCAACAGGAUUUUACAAAAAGCAUUUAUCGAAGUAAAUGAGAAGGGUACUGUGGCAGCAGCUGUUACUGAGGAGUUCGAUGAUGACCUGGGAUUUCCAAUGUGUGAGCUGCCAAGAUUUGUAGCAGAUCACCCUUUCUUGUUCAUGAUAAGGGGAAGAGGUUUCACGAAUGGUGCUUUUCACUGGAGCUAUGUUCAUGAAGUUAAAGCAGAAGCUACAGCUGUUACUGCCUCGAUAUUUUUUCUGCGUGGCACCAAAAUAGAAGGAAACGAGUACAAAAUAGACUUUGCUUCUGCUCAUCCGUUCUUUUUCUUACUUCAGGGAAGAUACAACUGCAACCAUACUGUUCACAGGGAUCUUUGCUUCAUCCUCUUGUACAGUAAUAUGAUAUUUGGACUGGUAAAAGAAUUUGAAGCAUGUUUAGCUUCUGCUUAG